AUCUCUCUAUCUCUCGGCGCCGUUGUAUCGGACGAUCGAAAUUAAAAUUGAAAGACGACGGCCGGCGAGAGCAACACAAAGAUCAUCGGAACCGAGUCUAACGAUGUCGUUUUGGUCUCUCGUACUUCCAUCUCCACCUUCCUCCUUAUCUGCUAAACUCAAACCUUUCAAUGACUCCGGAAGGCUUCAUCGUAAUCUCGUACGAGCUUCUUCAGAUGUUCCCGAUUUCCUCUCUGCCGAUUGGUUGGAGAGUCGUAGGAAACGACCUUUUGGCCCCAGACUUGAUUUUAGUGCGGGAGACGCUGUUCGACAUCAGCUUGAUGCAUUGAAGUAUAAUGAUCAUCCUCGUGAUGAUUAUGGCAUCGAGGUUAUGUAUCGGUUUGCUGGAUUCGAUCCAUUCGAGAGAUCCACCUAUUUUGGUCCUUUCUUUGAUCUAGGACAGUUUGAAAGGUUUAGGCGUAUUUUUCAUCACUCGUCUUACCGUGUGUUGCUUGGUCACAAGGACAGAAAAAUCUUAAGUAGUUUGUUCGUGGAGGAGAAUCGUUUCAAGCAGAGGAUUUGGAUUCAGGGAAAUCGACCUGAGGAAGAAGAGAUAUUUGAAUUCACAAUGUUCCAGCGGAUAGGUGGUUCAUGGGAUGGUUAUUGGUUGACGGAAAGCUUGCUUCAUGACGGAGAUGUGUUUUCAGGAGGAAUGGCUUACUGAUAGUCUGAUUCAACGGUUGAGCUUCAUCUCUUUUGCGGGUUAUCGAUUUGUUCGGUCUCUGAUAAUAUGCAUAAUAAUGUGCGACAGUCUUGUAAGUUUAUGUUAAUAUUAGUCUAUUAGAAUUAGAUGUUGCUGUGUAGGAAACAAUACGAACAUAGUAGCUUCUUAUGAAUAUAAGUUAUAUACUGAU